AUGGGAUCCGACGGCUCGGAGCACGGUGAACCAUCGUUGCACUUGGACAUACGUGGCGACAACGAGCGACGAGAUCACGACACCGAAGUGAACGAGACCGCCGAAGAUCAAGAUCACGGUCGCCUGGUAGACGGAAACGACACAGGCGGCGCGACUCGCCACAUAAUCAUAGCCACCGGAAACGCGAGCCAACGGACCCUGGGCAAAAAGAGUACCGGGCAUGGCCGGGAUGAGGAUGACGACCAGUGGGGGCAGCAGCUGCAUGAUUUUGACGACAGUGCAGACAACGGCGGCAGCGAGGCCAAUAGGGAGCGUAAGGCAACGCAGUCGGCCAAGCAGAGCGGGCCGUUGCCUGACCAGGCGUCGUCGUUUGCUAUGGCCGAAGGCGGCGAGAUUCCCAAGCCUCCCAAGGAGCAACCCAACUGGGGCACAACGGGGACGUUGGCAGCCGCAUCCAAUGCAGUGGCGCAGGACGACGGCUCCGUCAUCACCCUCAAAUACCACGAGCCUCCUGAGGCGCGGAAACCUUCGCCACGCGACCAGUGGAAACUUUUCGUGUUCAAGGAUGAUGCUAUCGUUGACACGAUCGACCUCGGCACACGCAGUUGCUGGCUAGCGGGACGCGAUUCCGCGGUGGUGGACCUGCUUGCGGCGCACCCGAGCAUUAGCAAGCAGCACGCGGUUCUGCAGUUUCGCUUUGUGGAGAAGCGGAACGAGUUUGGCGACCGUAUUGGACGUGUGAAACCAUACCUCCUGGACCUGGCCAGUGCCAACGGAACUAAGUUGAACCACGAAGAGGUGGCUACGCAGCGGUAUGUCGAGUUGCAGGACAAGGACAUGGUUCAAUUCGGACACACUGACACUGGCUAUUUGUUCCCCUUCCAGGAGUCGACCAACCUCGGGUCGUCGUCCCAGGGCUCAGUCAACCUUGAUGUCUCUCGUUUCGAGGUGACGCCUGUCUUCACCCACCCCGACGCACAUGUCGACAUCAUUCUCGUUCAUGGUCUAAAUGGCCAGCCGAAGCGGACUUGGACCGCGAAGAACGGCCUCUAUUGGCCGGCAGAGCUUCUUCCAGAGACAUUAAAAAAAUCCCCUGCGAAUAUUCUCGUCUAUGGUUACAACGCCGAUGUCUACGGCAGAGGCACGGAGAGCAGUCCGAGCGACAACUUUAUUUACCAGCAUGCAAUGACUUUAGUCAGCCAUUUGACCGCUUUUCGCCAGAAUAGGGGUACAAGCAACAACCCGCUCAUUUGGGUUACUCACAGUCUCGGCGGAAUAUUGGUGAAGCGUGCGUUGCUUUACUCCAAUGACCUCCGUGAUGCUGACCACGAGGCGUCGCGGUCUAUAUAUGUUUCGACAUACGGCAUCAUCUUUCUUGGCACACCACACACCGGCUCCGGGCUGGCUUUCUGGGGUCGAGUCCUACAAGGAAUGGGCUCUGCAGCACCCAAGAAGUUCUUUGACACCGAGCCCGUCCUGAUCAAGUCGCUGAAGCGGAACAACGAACGUUUACAGGAAAUCAACAAUCACUUUCUGGACAUUUACCAACGCUUCAAGAUUCAAAUGGUUCACGAGAACCACAAAACCGACCUGAAGGGAACAAAGGCAUUUGUUGUAGAUGUCGACUCGGCAAGUCCUCAGCUGCCCGGUGUGACAUACUACGGGAUUGAAGCCGACCAUUCAAAUAUAUGCAAAUUUGAUGGUGCAAACGCCCCGGGCUACCAAACUAUGGUCACGUCUAUCCAAGAAUGGGUCAUAGAGGCCCCCCCAGUCAUCGAAAUCCGAUGGACGGUCGAACAUGAAGACCGUGUGGCUCGUGCGCGUCGUGAAAUAGAAGAGCGUCGUUUGACUGCAACCAUACGGGCAAGGAGUAAAUCAAACGCCGAUACAGACUUGAUCGAAGGUAUUCCCGACCUCUUGUCACUGAGGGCAGUGAUGGCCAAGGUUGACUCUACUACUAUACUCAGCCCAGGUGAACUUGUCGAGUCCCCCAUUACCUCUAUCCCACUCGCUUCAGCUGCGGCUACCUCACCGAUGCCACUACUUCCUCCCCCUGUCUCAUCAACGACCUCAGGUACCUCGACUGUCAAGCAGGACCCGCUAUUUCUGCACCCGGAGAAGUUCCGUCCAAAUUCUUACUUCGUUGGACGCAAGAGAGAGCUUGAGGAGCUUCACCGAAAGCUCACCGACAGUGCAAAGAGGGCAGAGGGAACUUCCGCAGUUGUCAUCCAGAGCCUACCAGGUGGUGGAAAGACGCACCUUGCGCGACAAUAUGUUUUCCAACACCGGGACGACUACCCGGGUGGCAUUUACUGGAUUCGUGCUAAGUCCAUCGCAGAAAUGGAACAAUUUUUCUGGACAAUUGCAAAGAACGAAGCUUUGCGAAACAUCGUGGAAAAGACCCUUGAGAAGAAACCCAGCUCUUCUAGCGAUUCUCAGAAGGAGUUGUGUGAUCCUCACAAUAUCGUCAACAUCGUCCGGGCUUGGUUUAGCAGUUUCGAUCAAUGGCUUGUCGUGUUUGACGGCAUCAUUUUCAAUACGCCCGGAAUAGAGCGAUUCAUUCCCGAUGCUAAAAACACGAGCAUCAUCUACACGUCCAUCCAAAGCGAUGUCUCUGGGCGUUACGAGUUUGACAAUCCACAAAUAAUGAAGCUGGAUAUGCUCAGCCCGGAGGAUGCGCGCGAUUUGCUCUUGACCGAAAUGGAGCGGAAAAAGCCCUGGAGGGAAGGCGAACGUGCACAGGCACUCGAGAUUGUCAAACGCAUGGGGUGUCUGCCAUUGAUGGUCCAUGCUGCCGCCCGGCAUAUCAAAACAACCCGUGAGCCUCUAUCCAAAUACUUGAGAACCCUCCAAAAUCGAAUAUGGGCUAGUGACCUUCCCGCAUACUACAACGUAUGGGACGAGCUCAAGUCUCGCGGCGCAUACCCGUCCUUGAAUCUCAUGUACAUCUUGGCUUUUCUGGGCGGCCGUGUUCCGGUUGGAUUUCUCAAUCUAGUGCACUAA